AUGGCCCCUCAUACCUCUGCUUCGCUGCUGGCAGCUAUCACCACAUGGAUGAUAUCUGGUAGUCGCGCCUCAAUCCAACGCCCUGGUCUGUUGCCCACGCCGCCCAUGGGUUUCAACGACUGGUCUCGCUUUGAAUGUGCUAUUAACCAGAGUGUGUUUACUGAAACGGCCGAUGCUAUGGUGUCCAAGGGCCUAUUAACUGCCGGCUACAAUCGUAUCAAUAUUGACGAUUGUUGGAUGGCGGAUGCCCGAACGGAGGAAGGAAAAUUGACCUGGAAUGAGACUCUAUUCCCGAAUGGACUGCCUUGGCUUGGAGAAUAUCUUCAAGACCGGGGAUUUCAUUUUGGUAUUUACGAGGAUGCCGGCAACGAGACCUGCGGAGGGUAUCCUGGAUCAUAUGGAUAUGAAGAAGUCGACGCGCACACCUUUGCUUCCUGGGGUAUUGACUAUCUAAAAGUUGACGGAUGUCACGUCACACCAUCAACUGAAGAUGAGUAUCACAAAAGAUAUGCAGCAUGGCACAAGGCAUUUAGUAAAAUGUCGGAUCCAUUGAUAUUUUCUCAAUCCGCCCCGGCCUAUUUCUCGCUGUGGCUGACAGGGAGCGACAACUUAACGGACUGGUUUACGGUGAUGGACUGGGUGCCUUACAAUGGGGAACUUGCACGACAUUCCUCCGACAUUCUAGUAUAUGUCGGGGUUGAAGGGCUUUCCGGAUGGGAGAGUGUGAUGCAAAAUUACAACUAUAACACCCAAGUUGCACGCUAUCAAGUGCCCGGGUACUUCAACGACCCUGAUUUUUUAAUUGCCGACAACCCUGAAUUAAGUCUCGAUGAAAAGCGUUCCCAGUUUGCGCUUUGGGCAUCCUUUUCGGCACCAUUGAUUAUCAGUGCUUGGAUCCCGAGUCUACCAGAUGAAGUGGUCUCGUAUUUGAAAAAUUCCGAUUUAAUUGAGAUCGACCAAGACCCUCUGGCACAACAAGCUACCCUGGUUAGCCGGGAUGACUCAUUCGACGUUUUAACACGCAGCCUUGCUAAUGGAGAUCGUGUGGUUACUGUGCUUAACCGGGGAAAUAGCACGGAUGAUAUCAGUAUCAGUGCUCUGCGUCUGGGCCUGCUAAAUACAAAAAGGACCUACUCCGCUAAAAAUCUUUGGACUGGUGAAUUCAUCAGAUUUCAGGGCUCACUGGAGAUAAGAGGACUUGCCUCACACGCCACUGCUGUCUUUCGUAUAAAUCUCUCGGGACCAUCAUCGUUUGGCGUUUCCCCUACAGGUAUGAUUUUCAAUGCCGCAUCUACAAAAUGUCUCACUGCGGGGUCCAAAAGCGAGGAAGUAGAAUUUACCACCUGCGCCGCCACAGAUGCUCAAGUGUGGCAGAUCAGACCACUGCUCAGCACUAUCAGUCCCUUAUCAGCACCAAGCCUUUGCCUUACAGCCACCGCUGGAAAAGUUCUAUUAGAAGACUGCGAGCUACUCAAAUUCACACAAGAGUGGGAGUAUUCAGUAUCAGGAUAUUUGACCAAUAAGCAUACUCAUGAAUGCAUGACAGAGAUGGCGGGUGCGAGUUUGAGUGAAUGUCAAUAUGAGGUUGACAGUCAACUUUGGCUACACAUUGUGAUUGGCAACUACUUAAUUUACGCUUACUUCCUAGAUAUACCAUUGAGUCUCUACGCGACGGAGAGGAAUGGCGUUGAAAUAUAA